CUCAUUUACACCUUUUCCACCCAUCUCACUCCUUCAUAAUGUCGUCGCUUUUCGGUUCCGGCUCCGCCGCUCCCAUUCAGACCUCCGAGGAGAUCAAGGCAGCUGUCAUGCGCCAGCUCCAGCAGGAGGCAGCCAUGUCGAACGCCCGCUCCCUGAUCGGAAAAAUCAACAAGCACUGCUUCAAGGCCUGUGUUCCCACCCCCGGAACCUCGCUCUCGGCCAAGGAGAACACCUGCUUGUCUAGCUGCAUGGAGAAGUACAUCGCCAUGUGGAACACCACAAGCAAGACCUACAUUGCCCGUGUCGGCGCGGAGACCAAGCGUAUGGGUGGUCAGGACGCUGCUGCCAUUGCCUCCAUGGCUACCGGCAUGCCCGAGGGCGGCAGCGGAAUCCUGGGCUAAAUCUGAUCCAUCGUCAAAUCG